AUUGGACGAUGACCAGUACAUUGGUGAUGAUGCAACAAUGGAGGAAGACACUGAAGAGCGUAAUUUGGAGGCUAAGUUGGAUGCUGAGUUUGCUAUGCUUGAUCCUGAGUUAGAUGCUCAGCUGGAGGAGGAGCUAUCACAUGUUGUCCCGAAGACAGGACAUGGCAUGCAUAAAGGAGAUGACGCCCGUGAGUCAAAGGAAGUUGCUUAGCCUAAAUCACCGACGCACAUUCAGCCAUGAGAGGUUUGGGAGGGCUGCAAUAGUAAUAUGGAAGUACUUAUAUGAUGAGCUAAUGCUUUUUGGUCUAGUUGGCUUGAGGAAAAGAAAGGGGGUUGCUUGGGAGAAUUUUUUAGGUAUGAAAAUUAUAGAAUAAAAUGAAGAUAUAUUU